AUGACGUGCGGCAUCCGAGGGAAUAAGAGCUUCGGAGGGAAGGAAUGCGGCUUCACAACCAGCAGCGGGUGGAGGCAGACGGACCUCGCAGAAAGCCUCGACCCUUUUGUCAUUGCAGGAGGAGACGUUUCACCCCAGAUGCUGUCGGAGAUGAGAGAAACAAACCAGGUGCUAAGAGAAAUCACUGAGCUCCUGAAGCAGCAGAUCAAGGAAAUCACAUUCUUGAAGAACACUGUGAUGGAGUGCGACGCUUGCGGGAUGAACACAGGGGCGAUUGGCCCAGCGAUAAGCGUGACAGCGUUCAACAGGUGCUACCCGAAUCCUUGCUUCCCUGGGGUCACCUGCACGGACACCCCCACCGGCUUCCGCUGUGGCUCCUGCCCCCAGGGCUACACGGGUAACGGGUCUCACUGCAGCGAUAUCAACGAGUGCACGGCCAACCCCUGCUUCCCCAAAGUCCAGUGCAUCAAUACAGCUCCUGGCUUCCGCUGUGAGCCCUGCCCUCCCGGCUACACGGGGCCAGUGCUUGAAGGAAUCGGUUUAGCCUACGCCAGAGCCAACAAACAGGUCUGCAGUGACAUCAACGAAUGUGAGAUGGGUCUUGCCAGAGCCUGCGUCCCCAACUCCAUCUGCAUCAACACCCGGGGCUCCUAUAAGUGUGGGUCCUGUAAAGCUGGCUUCACGGGGGAUCAGACAGUGGGCUGCCGGAGCAAGACGGAGAGGUGGUGCCCCAACGGACAGCUGAGCCCGUGCCACGAGAAAGCCGAGUGUGUCAUCGAGCGUGACGGGACGCUGGGCUGCAGGUGCAUUGUUGGAUGGGCUGGAAAUGGCUACAUUUGCGGGAGAGACACGGAUAUCGAUGGGUUUCCCGAUGAGAAACUACGCUGCAGCGAUAAGAAAUGCCGUAAGGACAACUGCGUAACCGUUCCAAACUCCGGGCAAGAGGAUGCAGACAGAGACGGCAUUGGCGACGCUUGUGACGACGACGCUGAUGGGGACGGGAUAAUAAACACCGAGGACAAUUGCGUGUUCGUGCGCAAUGCAGACCAGCGCAAUGUGGACCAGGACAAUUAUGGGGACGCCUGCGACAACUGCCCCCACGUGAAGAACAACGACCAGAGGGAUAGCGACGGAGACGGCCAGGGAGACCUGUGUGAUGACGACAUGGAUGGAGACAAGAUUAAAAACAUUAUGGACAACUGCAUGAGGAUUCCCAAUCCAGACCAGAGGGAUACUGAUGGGGACGGCGUGGGAGACGUCUGCGACAGUUGCCCUUCGAUCCAUAACCCAGACCAGAAAGAUACCGAUCACGAUCUUGUCGGGGACCCCUGUGACACCAACCAAGAUCGCGAUGGGGACGGUCAUCAGGACUCCAGGGACAACUGCCCCUCGGUGCCCAACAGCUCCCAACUGGACUCCGACCGGGAUGGAAUCGGCGACGAGUGUGAUGACGAUGAUGACAACGAUGGCAUCCCGGAUCAGAGACCCCCGGGCCCCGACAACUGCCGUCUGGUCCCCAAUCCCGGCCAGGAAGACACAAACAGAGACGGCAUCGGGAACGCCUGCGAGGACGAUUUUGACAAGGACCUGGUGGUUGACCGGAUCGACGUCUGUCCCGAGAAUGCCGAAGUGACGCUGACUGACUUCCGGGCCUUCCAGACGGUGGUGCUGGACCCCGAAGGCGACGCUCAAAUCGACCCUAACUGGAUUGUUCUCAACCAGGGCAUGGAAAUUGUGCAGACCAUGAACAGCGACCCAGGCUUGGCUGUAGGCUACACCGCGUUCAACGGGGUGGACUUCGAAGGCACCUUCCACGUGAACACGGCCACCGACGACGACUACGCCGGCUUCAUCUUCGGCUACCAGGACAGCGCCAGCUUCUACGUGGUCAUGUGGAAGCAGAUGGAGCAGACCUACUGGCAAGCCAACCCCUUCCGGGCAGUGGCUGAACCCGGCAUCCAGCUGAAGGCAGUGAAGUCCAAAACAGGGCCGGGAGAAUACCUGCGCAAUUCACUCUGGCACACGGGGGACACGGCCGACCAAGUCAAGCUGCUGUGGAAAGACCCCCGCAACGUUGGGUGGAAAGACAAGACCUCCUACCGCUGGUUCCUGCAGCAUCGCCCCCAGGUGGGCUACAUCCGGGCUCGCUUCUACGAGGGCUCCGAGAUGGUGGCUGACACAGGGGUCGUCCUCGACACAACCAUGAGAGGGGGCCGCCUGGGAGUCUUCUGCUUCUCCCAGGAGAACAUCAUCUGGUCUAACCUACGCUAUCGCUGCAACGACACGAUUCCUGAAGACUACGAGUCAUACCGAUAUCAGAAGGACUACUAACGCCACCAGCCCUUCCCUUCCCUUGGAUUCGCCUGAGAGACUCUCGCUACGUUUGCUGCUUCUCCGCGGUAUACUCAGCCGGGAACGGGCCACGCGAGCCACACCUCGGGCCGUCACUUCCCCACAGACGCCUUUCUUGGAAGCCUUCCGGGGACUUGCUGGGUUUGGACGGAGGGCAGUUUGUUCUGCAGGGUGGAGGAAGAACCUCUCACCUGCCCGGUGGGACGCGGCGAGGGAGCUGCCAACACAUCGCAACACCUCCCGCCCUCCAAUAAUUAAAGCUCUUGUCAGCCUAAAUUAGCUACCUAUGGAAGAGGUUGCUCAUCAAAACCACUGCUCCGGCCUGGCCUCUUUCCAACUAAUUUGGCAUGGGCUAAAAAUCCAGCCCCGUGUCUGCUUCGGGUGAGGUUUCCCGUCGCUCUUCUGUACGAGUCACCGCUCGGGGCUUCUGAUGAGGAGAUACGCUUAAGAAGCAUCGCUGACUUAGAAACACAAGAGGUCUCCUGCUAACGCUUUGUCUGACAGCUGAGGGACCCCCCCCCCAAAAAAGCUUAAUUGUGCAAACUUGAUAGUAUUGUGCCUACAAUUCUGUUCCCCCCCCCCAAGAGAAAAAUACCAAAACAAAUCAUAGUGAGUUUGGGAAUUUCAAAGCUAAUUCAACUCAUGUGAGGAGCUGUGGGUCUUACUCAUAACUCCACGCUCGCCUUUGCCAGUCUCCCCCAGCCCUGCUGCUCAAAUCAUGAAGCCAGGUCGUUCAAAAAGAAACAUGCGGGUUUCUUGAGAGCCCGGAAGAAAAUAAACAUAGACCAGAAUUUUUCAGGAAUUUUUUAAAGAAAUGGCUAUUAAGCUUUUUGGCUACCAAAAGGGCCUGUAUUUGAAAGGCCGGCUGCAAUCUGGAAAGGUCAUUCUGUAGCCCAAGUGAGUUCCAAUAAGCAAAGAAACCCCCCACGGGAAGAUUGUUAAAUUUAACGGAGACAUCCCCACCCCCACGUCCCCCGAAUCAUUCAGAAAAGCAGAGCUGGGCGGCCAGAGAGAAAAACAGUUGAACUUUAUUACAUUUUUUUUUCAUUUACAAAUAAUGCAAAGUUACAAAGACCAAAAGCUUUCACAGAAAAAUAAGGAAACAAACAAACAAAAAUAAAGAGAUUGAAAAAGAAUGUACACAGAAUCGC